GCAAAAUUCAUAAGUUUAUUAUGUCUGAAACGUUUUUUUUGACGAUUCAGUUCUUUGAGGUCUAUUUAGUUUAUAAAGUUCUUUGACUAUUUUGUUUUUUUGAGUUCAUUAUUCUAACCAUUUAGUUGUUUGAGCUCAUUAUGUAACAGUUCUAUAACCAUUUAGUUGUUUGAGCUUAUACAGAACUUUGACCAUGAAGUUUUUGGCUUUAUACAGGUCAUUGUCAGUUUAAUUCUUUGAUAUCAUACAGGUCUUUGAUCUUUAUGAUUAGGUCUUUCAUUUUAUACAGUUCAUUGACUAUUUACUUCUUUGAGUUCCAAAAGUUCUUUGACCAUUUAUUUCUUCAAGUUCAUACAGGUCUUUGACAACUAGUUCUAUGAGUUCAUGCAAUUCUUUGACUAUUUAGUUCUUUCAGUUGAUAAAAUACCUUGACCAUUUUAUUCUUUGAGUUCAUACAGUUCUUUGACCAUUUAGUUUUUUGAGUUCAAAAAGUUUGUUGACCAUUUAGUUCUUUGAAUUCAAGUAGAUCUUUGAGAAUUUAGUUCUUUGAGUCCAUACAGUUCUUUGAUCAUUAAGUGUGUUGUUGUUUUGCAAUUGUUUUUGUGACUUGCAAGUAGCAAUCUUGUAUUCAGAGUAAAGAAUCAGAAUUAAAAAUUAAAAGAAAAAAUGUUACAACACUUGCAUGUGAAAAUCAUUGCAAUUAAAGAUACGAUGUACGUAAAUGUCAUUGCAUAAAAAAAUAUUAUUAUAAAUGUCUCAAAGCAGGUAGUAAGCAUUUUAUUGAAGAUGACUGCCAUGGAUUGCAAUCAAAGAAGAAGGCAAAGUUUAGCAAGGAUCAGGAAAACAGUGUUUCUGAGGGUAUUAUUUGCAUAGAUAAAUUGUUGGAUGAUGAAGUUGACAUUGUAUGUUCCAAGAUACUCAAGUCAGAGGAACUGGUACUUUCCCUUGUAUACACUAAUGGAGCUACACAAUUUCGGGACAAUUUGUUUAAUGUUGACAAUAAGAAGAAAAGUGUAGGUAAAGUUAAGAAUGAGCUAGAAGUUGAAAGCAUCGCUGUAGGAGUAACAUCCCCACAAGUAAAUCUUGUUUAUAUGUUCAACAUGACAAAUCAAUCAAACAAAGAAAAACUGAGAGAAUUCUGGUUGACAUUAAUGAGGUGUGACAGUAUAAGAAAGAUAGGCUUUCAGAUUAAAGAUGUGUAUUUAGCAUUGUUUGAAAAAUACAAUAUCAAUUCUGAUAAAGUUGAUCUGACCUGGACAGUAUUAGAUGUAGGUAUUGGAGUUUGGCUGCUAGAUCCAGAUCAACCUGUCUCUGACUUUGAACAUCUUCUAUCCAGUCUUCAAUUACCACAACAAACACCAAAUAAGUCAUGUGUAGAUGCACUGGAAGCUGACAUGAUCUUGCUAAGUGAAGGAAUGAAAAAACUGUUCCAGAUGUUACAGUGUAAGGAUAUGUGGAAUCUGUUUGUAUGUCUAGAGACAAAGCUUGUAAAUGUACUAGCUGGUAUGGAGAGAAGAGAAAUGUCUAUCAGUAUACACACUCUACUUCAUUUCUCAUCAGUGCUAAAAAGAAAUUUGACAAGUCUGGAAGAGAAAGCACACAAGGCUGCAGGUCAUGCUUUCUUGCUAAACAGUCAUCAUCAACUUAGACAGGUUCUAUUUGAAGAGUUAAAACUAGAUUCCUAUUUACCAGGAAAAACAAAACUUGCCAAAACAAAUGUAACCAGGGAGAUAUCUACAUCAGAGACAGUUCUAACACAGUUACUGCCCUUUCAUCCAUUACCUGGGAUAUUACUGGAAUAUAGACAACUUCAGAAACUGAAGUCCACCUAUAUAGAUGGUAUAUUGAGUUGUGUAAAUGACAGUUAUCUAACAACACACUGGGACCAGACAUCAGCUGCCACAGGGAGACUGUCCUCGCACCACCCUAACAUCCAGGCUAUACCCAAGCUUCCAGUCACUAUCAAGGACCAUCAAACUAACUUUAUUGUAGGGAAGGUAAAUUCAGCUGUUGAGGGUGACAAUGUGGUACAGUUCAAUGCACGUGAUGUCUUUAUUAGCAGACCAGACUGGUCUUUGUUGUCAGCAGACUUUCAGCAGAUUGAGUUGAGGAUAUUAGGCCACCUUACCAAUGAUCCAAUCCUACUGAAGAUCUUCAGUGAUAAAACUGUUCCUGAUAUAUUCAAUGCCUUAGCUGCUCAAUGGAUGGGUAAAUGUGUGGAAGAUGUGAGUGAGGCUGACAGGGAGCAAACAAAACGAGUUGUGUACUCUGUCAUGUAUGGUAUAGGCAAAGAGAAAUUAGCUAGUUAUUUGAAGUGCACAACAGAUACAGCUAAAGCCAUUAUGGCAAGUUUUCUAUUGAAGUUUCCAGCCGUGAAUCAAUUCACAAAAUCUUGUGUAGAGUUUUGUGAAAAAUAUGGUUAUACCAGGACUAUUUUCAAGAGACGAAGGCUGUUUCCAAACAUCACACACAGGAAUGGUGCAUUGAGAGCACAAGCUGAGAGACAAUGUGUUAACUUCUGUGUGCAAGGCUCGGCAGCAGAUAUUUGCAAGGCUGCCAUGCUUCAAGUAGAGAAUGCCCUUGCUAGUAACAGAGACAUAAAGGCAAGACUUCUUGUCCAAAUCCAUGAUGAGGUCCUUCUAGAAGUUGCGGAUUCUGACCUGAAUACAGUUUCAGGACUUGUGAAGAGUGUAAUGGAGAGUGAGAAAUUAUGUGGCUCUGUUGUCAGUCUGAGGGUACCUAUACCAGUGUCUAUAAGUGUUGGUAAAACAUGGGGACAAAUGCACCCUUUGUCAGCUACAUGUAACAACAGUUAGUCCUAGAUAUUGCAACAGAUCAAAAUUUAUUGAAGUACAUGUGAGAGUGAACUAAUAGAGUAUUAGUGUUCAUGAAAAACCAAGUAUAAAUGAAGAGAACUACAUGUAUAGAGUAAAAGUAUUCAUGGAAAUGAACCAUAGAUGACAAGUAUUGAUGGAAAUGAACCAUAGAUGACAAGUAUUGAUGGAAAUGAACUAGAGUACAAGAAUUCACGGAAAUGAACCAUAGAAUACAAGUAUUCAUGGAAAUGAACCAUAGAGUAUUAGCAUAUUAUUGUAGCAAUAAUUCUGACAAAUUAGUUUACUAUUUUUCAACCUGUUGCAGAUUUUGUUUUUUCAAAUACAUUGUACACUACAAUGGAAUCGUGGAAUGU